AUGGGUCAGUUGCGUCAAAAUUCAAUUCAAAAACAAUAAAUAAAUUCCAAAAGUAAAUCUACUUUUUCCCCUUUCUAUUCGCCUUUACCAAAAAAUCAACAAAUUUUCAGACAAUCUUCACAGGUAUUCUAUUGAAUGUCGAAGCUAUUGCACAGCAGAAGAAUACGAUUUGGUGCUCGAAACGACGUCGUAGACGAUACAGCUUUAGAUUCCUCUCUAGCUGACGGAAAUUCCUACCGCCGUAGCGCCACCACCCACCGUCGCCAUCAUCACCGCCACGAUCUCGGUGGCUGCAACCCUCCCUCACGGCGUCUCCACCGCCUUCACCUCUCAGAACAUGAAGAAGGUGUUAAUCAACCUCACUCUGGUAGCAUAAUAAAUUCAGAAGAUUUCAGAAGCAUACAUCGAUGGGGGGCAACGGAGAACGAUAGGCUUCCCGGAGUUGUAUUACUUGCAAGGGAAAGACUUGUUGAAAGAUUGAGAGGUGUUAAUAUCUCACAAAACAGGCAAAACACUAGGUCUUCUUUCAGCAUCCAUCAAGAUGACUUCUCAUUUAACAGUCUGCCAAUGUCAUCAAUGACAAAAAUGCUCCCACCUGGACUGUCUAAACAUGAAUUGAAUCGUUUACAAUUGACGGUUUUUAACGAAGGAAACAACGAAACUUCAAGUGCAUCGAGGGAGUGUAGUAUUUGUCUUGAAGGUUUUGAGCAUGGUGAUGAGCUUAUAAACCUGGCUUGCAUGCACCGAUUCCAUUGCUCCUGCUUGUUUCCAUGGAUUGAGGUAUGUGGGGCCUGCCCAAACUGUAGGAAAGACAUAGUUGUAACUAGUGAUAACCCUGUUUCUUGACUAUAAUGCCUCCUAACCUACACGCGGAGUUGUUUGUAUGAGUGUAUUUAACAUAAACUUAGUGUAGUUUGUAAGAUUUAAGUAAAUGAAACAGAGAUCUUGGUGGUGUUUGUAAUACAUGUUGAAGGAAUAGUUGUAUUAAUGUCACUUGUACUAAACUCACAAGGGUUUCAUUUAAAGAAAAUCAGGAAAGUAGUCAUAAGAUAUGAA